AUGACUGAGGGAAAGAUCAGCAAAUUCCGCAUGUACCUUCCUCAGAUUUUGGCAACAACAGCCAAGAAUCUCCUAAUGAUCCAAGUUGGGCUCUCCGCAACAUUCCCAACGAUCGCCAUUCCACCCCUUGUUGGAACAAUUGAGAGUACUGAGGAGGAAAUCUUCCAUUUCACUCCUGAGGAAGCUUCGUGGUUUGGAUCUUUGGCCUUUAUUUGUACCCCAAUUGGGAGUAUCCUCUCGGGAUGGGUGACUGAACCCAUUGGGAGGAAGAAUGCCAUGAUAUUAGUUAAUUUACCUCACAUUGCAGCCUGGCUAAUCCUCUAUUUUGCCACAUCUGUUCAUCACAUGUACGUGGCUUCGAUCCUUUUGGGAUUGGGAACAGGAUUUGUGGAUGCACCUGUUGUUACAUAUGUUGGGGAGAUAUGUCAACCAGCAAUUCGAGGAAUUUUAACAUCCUUUGCAGCAGUUGCAGCUACUCUUGGCUUCUUUAUUGGAUACCUCCUUGGAACAUUAGUUACAUGGCGUGAAGCUGCCCUUAUCUGCCUCACAAUCCCAGUCUUUGCAAUCAUUGGCAUCUCUUUUAUCCCUGAAACACCUCUGUGGUUGCUGUCGCGUGGCCAUGAGAUCAAAGCAAUGAAAUCCCUUCAAUGGCUCAGAGGGUGGGUUGAUGCGGAGGUGAUUGAAAAGGAAUUCCUCGAAUUGCAACGCUACAGCAUCAAUAGCAACCGAUGCAACCUUUGUCAGGAAUGCAAUCAAACGUGCAAUCACCCUUCGCCAACGCUCAUUGAUAAAGUCAUGGAGUUAACGAGAAAAUAAACCCUCAAACCACUUUUCA